CACACGCUCUAACCAACUGAGCUAUUCCAGCUUCUUGCUUUCAUUAUUCUACUGUAUCUUUAUUACUAUUCAAUCAAUGAUCAGAUCUGGAUUCUUUGCUUUUACCCGUUGCUUGUUGUGCAACACGACGACGGUGACUUUCCCAUUUAUUCCGGUCUGAACCAGAAACCCCACUUGGAUAAUCAACAAAUCCCAUAUCUUGAAUCCACUCUCCAACGCAGAUGAAGAAGCUUCGAAAUGCUUGAAAUACGGUGGUGUUACCAAGACACGAAUUCUUCGCAACCGGGUCACCUUUAAAUAAACGGAUCUAUCAGAGGACAUGGAAUUCUGGGUGGUUGCAGCAGCUACUGGUGCUGGUUAUGUAGCCAAACACUGGCAGAACUUAACAGGUGAGAAAGACGGUUCAUCGAAACCGUCGCCUGUGCUAUCACCGCGGGUGCAGCGGGACGCACGCCAACUGUUUGAUAAAAUUCCCAACUCAGUUUUCCCAUUGCCGAAGCUACCAACAAGUUGCUUGUUAGAUGGUGAUGUUUCUUCUGUUGCAGAAGAGCAUAACAAAGAGGAAUUCAACGGACGAUACGAGUGGUUUGACUUUGACUCUUCUAGGCAUCAUUUACAUGAACGCAGAACCAAGAACUCGAAUAGAAAGUCUUUCUCGAGCCUAAGGCCGCUAGUGGUGACUAGUAAUAGCAGAGAUUAUCAAAGAAAACAGAUGACACAAGUUGAUGAUGUGAAAGAUCAAAAGAUAGUGUUUAUGGAAGAAAAUGAAGUACCUAUAGAAGCAGAGUUCUUUGAACCAACUGGAUCAGUGAAGCUUCCAAGACGACCAGAACAAAUGCACGUCAAGAGAUUUGAACCAAAAGAUCUUCAUUCACAAGACAACGACAUGGUUCCUUUGUUCCUCGGGGUUACAAUCGGCAUACUAUCAACUAUUGUAAGUAAUCAGCGGGAAAUUGAGCAUCUAAAUGAGCUACUGGAACAAGCUGAGAAUAUGGUUAAAGAUUUACACAGUAAACUUGAAAUGAAAGACGGGUUUGAUACCGCAAAUGAGCAUGCUACGGAGUCAGACGUGCCUGCGAACUAUAGCCCAGAAGCCAAAAAUUUUGAGCUAACAAGUGACAUUGAAGCAGAGCUCGAGGCCGAGCUUGAGAGGUUAGAAGAAAAUAUGCAGAGACCGUGUAGCGUACCAGAGAAUGAUUCAGACUUUGAAGCAGACAUAGUUAGAGGAGACUUGAACCUAGAUACGCUCACAUGGCAACUCGAUAGCCAAUCGGAAUCCGACCAUGAUGACAAAUGGGUCAAAAGUGAAAGCACUGGGAAGCCCGAUUUCACUCCGAAUUACACUGUUUCACCCCUUGAUUUGCGGUUACGUCUUCAUGAAGUAAUCGAGUUAGAACUCAGAGCUCGUAUCGAGGAGCUUGAGGCAGUUCUUGAGGGAAAAAGUGGUCAAACUUAUCCGGACUCUCCAGAACCGGAAGAAGAUAACUCUUUCUGGGACUUUGACCACACAAGAAUCGAAUCUUCUUCUUCAACUCCUUAAUCUGCACAAAAGAUCAUAAAGUACAGCCAUAGAAGCACAAUGUAGAACUGCAAAGAUAAUGUAGAACUUAUAUUGUAAUCUAUUUUUAUGAAAAGAAUGUAUAGAGGAAAAACUUUCUUGUGUUUGUAAUAUACAGGAUUCCACA